GCGGCAAAAGCUUUGUCUUUGAUCUUAGCUUCUAGCCUGCAUACAUACAUUACUAUACUGCAUGCUGACUAGUUACAUACAUACAUAUACACUCACUCGUCCAUCCGUUCAUUCGCCUCAGGCUCUCAACUAUCCUCCCUUCAUCUGGAACCGGGAUCUGGACUCGACUCGACUCGUACCUGACUUCGAGAAACCACACCGGAGAAGGAAGUUAUCUCGCGGUUUGGUAUUUUCACUCAACAAUGAAUCGUCUCGCUGCUAAACAUUUAAUAUCAAACUGCCCUACCGAAGUCCUUUUUUGAAUAAAUCAAGUGUUGACUGGAACUCGAGGAGUUUCUUUCCCCCACAGUGAUCUACGCAAACUUUGCCAACGAAAAGGGCGCCUCCCCGGUGUACUUCGUAUCUGUGGACGAAGUAACCUCUUCGACCAUGGAUACGGAUGCACCCAAUGGUCAGGAGAGUGAUUAUGGAAGUUCUCCAUGGGUUGAUCUAGGAGCUUUCGAGUCUCCAGGCUCGCAUCACAGCCCGCCGUUGCCGGAUUUCCAUGGGUUCAGCUACGGAUCUUCACCUAUCAUGCCGCUGGAACCGGCGUACAGCAUGUCUAUUCCUCCGCCAUAUUCGACUAUCAAUUUGACCAUGCCAGCUCAUCCUUGGCCUAGUAUGUUGACCACUCAAUCACCUUUCCCGGAGACUUCAUUGUCUCCUGCGCCUACUCCGACUUUGUCAAUACCCCAGCCGGUACCUAUACGGCCUUUGCAUACGACUCCCGCGCCUUCUGCUCCAACUCCUCGCAGGACUUUAACGGAUGAAGACCGUCGUCGAAUGUGCUUGUAUCAUGAAGAGAACAAGUCAGCUAAGCAGACUGAUAUUGGAGCUUUAUUUGGCGUGGAGAGGAGUACCGUGUCCAAGGUCCUACGACAAAAGGAAAAGUAUCUGAGUAUGGAUGAUGGAAGUCGAUCACCUAUUAAGCGAAGCAAAGGAAAAGUACCCGACAUUGAAAAGGCCCUCGCCAACUGGGCCCGAAACUAUCAGCGCCAGGGCUUUGUUUUGACCGAUGCUAUGAUCAAGGAGAAAGCACAUUUCUUCGCCACGACCUGUGCUAGUCCGGAUGGGAAACAGAAGCUCCUCACUGCAAGCUGGUUGGAGAAAUUCAAGCAGAAAAACAACCUGGGCGGAUCCAAGUCUCGCAAAAACUCCGUGGAUACGGUCGCGAGUGAUGGAGAAGGCUUGCCUCAUCUUCAAUCUCCAACUGGCACGCUCAUAUCGACGGGCGUAUCGCCUGUCUCCCCUACUGGACUGACCCCGUCACCUCUUUCGCCUUCUCUAAGCCAGGAGACUCUAAAGAGGGAACUUGGUGACAGUGCUUUUCUCGAUUUCUCCAAAGAUCCCGCUAGACACAGUCAUUCACAGAGCACGACCUCCCUCGACACAACUCCAUCGCUGUCUGCCGGUGUGGCCAGCCCGACAUCGCCCCUGGUUUCUGAAAGCCCCUAUACACCAACUGUGCGGUCUCGUCUCCCUUCAAUCAGUUCUGCCGCCAGUCGACCCCGUAGCCAGACGUUCCCACUUACAGGUGAUGCCGAGUGUGGAAAUGGUGAACAACACAAUAUCACGAGCUCAAAGCACUCUAUGAACGGAUCACUUUCCGUUUCUGUGGUUGAUUCACCCUUGGAUGAGGAUCAGGAACACAAACAUCCGACCGAGAUCACCUCUGACUAUGACAACAAGAACUCAAUGAAACACCGCGGAAGCAACUCGGAUCUGAAAUCAAUCACUACAUCUAUGCAACCUCCACCGGUACCGACAUCCAAGUCCAGCGCAGUGAGCAGUCCUGUGAGCUCUCCAGGAUCACCUACACAGGACGAAGCACGACGUGCCUUGGAGUUGGUUAUGAACUAUAUUCAGAAUCAGCCCUCUGGUUUAGGGCUACAGAUGCAGGAUUAUGUUACAAUGGGCAAGUUGAUGGAGAAGCUUGAUUUGGUUCAUAACAAUCAAUCCAUCUCCGGGAGACUUCAUCGCAUCGAUGAGGAUUCGGACGGUCCUCAGAUGACUAAAAAGAGGAGUAUUAAUUCCUUGACAUAGUCAAGCGAGUCUUUUUCCUUUUCUUUUUUCCUCCUUGAUUUAGUUAUGCAUAGUCAGUCUUCUUUUCUUCAUUCACGACUUUUCGAUUCUUUUUACCAUAUUUUGAUACCUUUCUCCGUCUUUCUUUUCUUCUUUUUUACUUCAUUUCUAUUUUACGGGAUACAUAUCUAGGCAAACGCAUGAUCAUGACAAAGGGGCUAGGGACAUCUUUCAGGUUUCUAAGAAGAGGUGGGAUGGCAAGAUCAUAACCAUGGAGGGCGACCUCCAUUCUUGCCCGGAGUUUUUUUAUUCUUCUUCUUUUCUAUUUAGUUUUAUCUAUUGAACGCAUUGGGAUGAGUUUUUUCUUCCUUUGUUCUUUUUCAGAUUUCGAUUUUCAGGGAAACAAGGGGUUUCUAUCUACGAAGGGACCAACUAGAUGCAUCAUUACAAUAUUUUGGGCAACCACACACACAAAACAACAGAACAGAGACGCUGCGUCCAGUACAGAUAUCUCACCCUAUACUCUUUUCCUAUUUUUUGAGUUUCUUUUUUCCUGAACUGCGAGCACUAUCUGGUCCGAUGUCUGAUUUUAGUCGCGUGCUUCCUUUUUUUCCUUUUCAUAUCGCUUAUUAUUAUCAUUUUGAACGUCGUCUUGAGGAGCUUCGUUGGCUCUUUGCCUGGUAUAGGAAUGGACCGUCGCUCUUCUAUUCUU